AUGGAGAAGGAAUACAAUAAUGAUGAGUCGCAGCUGGCCCAGAUGGGUCAUAAGUCUGAGCUCAAGCGGAACUUUUCCUUGAUUUCCAUGCUCGGUCUGGCAUUUGCUAUUCUCAAUUCAUGGACCGCACUAUCAGCCAGUUUGGAGCUGAGUCUGACCUCUGGAGGCAGCACAAGUGUCGUUUGGGGCUUGGUUACAGCAGGUAUCUGUAAUCUGUGCAUGGCCACAUCCCUGGCUGAAUUCCUGUCUGCCUACCCGACUGCCGGAGGCCAAUACCACUGGGUUGCUGUCACUUCCUGGAGAAGCUGGAUGCCUGCCCUGUCUUGGAUCACUGGCUGGGUGAAUUGCUCUGGAUGGGUUGCGCUGGUCGCGACCGGUGGUCUGCUGGGCAGUCAGCUUAUCCUUGGUGUAAUUUCUCUCAUGAACCCGGCUUAUGAGCCGCAGCGCUGGCACCAGUUUUUGAUCUACCUUGGCUACAACAUUGUGGCUUUUUUGAUCAAUGCUUUUAUGAACAAUGUUCUGCCAUAUGUUACCAAGGGAGCCUUCAUCUGGUCCCUGACUGGUUUCGCUGUUAUUUGCAUUACUGUGCUUUCGUGCGCCUCGCCUAACUACAACUCUGCCGAGUUUGUCUUCACUGAUUUCAUCAAUGAGACUGGAUGGCCCGAUGGCAUCGCUUGGUUGCUCGGGCUUUUGCAAGGAGGUCUCGGUGUUACUGGAUUUGACGGUGUUGCCCACAUGAUUGAAGAAAUCCCCAACCCAUCUAUCGAGGGACCCAAGAUCAUGAUUGCCUGUGUUGGUAUUGGUACCGUUACUGGUACAAUCUUCCUUGUUGUCUUGCUCUUCGUAGCUGGUGAUAUCCAGCAGGUUAUCAACUCUGCUGCGACUCCCCUCCUUCAGAUCCUGAAGAAUGCCACUUCCAGCAAUGCCGGCGCUAUCUGUCUGUUGAUCUUCCCUCUGGUCUGCGUCCUGUUCGCUGCCACAGCUAUCAUGACCACUAGCAGCCGUAUGAUCUACGCUUUCGCACGUGACGGCGGUCUGCCUGCAUCCCCAUUCUUCUCUCGCGUCCACCCCAGCCUCAAAGUCCCAUUGAACUCCCUCUACCUCAACCUAGCACUCGUGACCGUCUUCGGUCUCAUCUUCCUGGGCUCCUCAAGCGCCUUCAAUGCCAUCGUCUCUGCAUCAGUGGUGCUCCUCGACCUCUCAUAUGGAAUGCCAGUUGCGGUCAACUGUCUCCGUGGCCGGAGAAUGCUCCCAGAACGCUCCUUCGUUCUGCCAAACCUGAUUGGCUGGACUUUCAACCUUAUCUCAUUGGCAUACAUUGCUCUCACAACCAUCCUCUUCCUCUUCCCCCCUGCACUGCCCGCUACUGGCAGCAGCAUGAACUACUGUGUUGCUGCUUUCGGCAUCGUCUUCAUAGUCUCUGCCAUUCAGUGGAUCGUAGACGGCCGCAAAAACUUCGUCGGGCCUCGCUUUGAGGUCGAGGUCCUCGCUGGAGAGGUGGAUCCCCAGUCCGAGCAGCCAAUUCCUGUUAUCGAGCCUCGUAAAGAUUAG